CGGCGAGGAAGAGGAAGCCCUGAAGGGUCAAAAGAAAUACAAAAGCAAAGGCUGGCUUCUUUUUCUUACUCCCUCUUUUUGUUUUUCAAAGAGCGAGUGGCCUUUGCCGUGGCGGUUAGGGCUAGGCGCCGCUGGGGUGAGAGUGUCGCCUCCCGCGCACCUGUAGUUCCAUUAUGGAUGGAGGGGAUGAUGGCAACCUUGUUAUGAAAAAGAAGUUUGUCUCUGAGGCGGAACUAGAUGAACGGCGCAAAAGGAGGCAAGAAGAAUGGGAAAAAGUUCGAAAACCCGAGGAUCCAGAAGAAUGCCCGGAGGAGGCGUAUGACCCUCGGUCUCUGUAUGAAAGGCUACAGGAACAGAAGGACCGGAAGCAGCAGGAGUAUGAGGAGCAGUUCAAAUUCAAAAAUAUGGUCAGAGGCUUAGAUGAGGAUGAGACCAGCUUCCUGGAUGAGGUGUCUCGCCAGCAGGAGCUCCUGGAAAGGCAGCGGCGAGAGGAAGAACUGCAACAGCUGAAGGAGUACAGGAGUAGUCUCAGCAAGCUUGGCAUGUCUGCAGGAAACAAGAAAGACGUGGAGAAGAAACCGGCAGUGAAGCCCAUCGAAGGCAAGACCAAGCUCUCCCAGGCGAAGCUGUUGGCUGGGGCUGUGAAGCAUAAGAGCUCAGAGAGUGGCAACAGUGCGAAAAGACUGAAACCAGAUCCUGACCCGGAUGACAAGAAUCAAGAAGCCCCGCCCUGUGUGUCCCUCGGAAGCCCUUCCCUGAGCGGCCCUUCCCUCCACUGCCCCUCGGCGGCUGUCUGCAUCGGCAUCCUCCCGGGGCUGGGUGCCUACUCCGGGAGCAGUGACUCGGAGUCCAGCUCAGACAGCGAAGGCACCAUCAAUGCCACAGGGAAGAUCGUCUCCUCCAUCUUCCGGACCAACACCUUCCUCGAGGCCCCCUAGCUCCCUGCCCGACACAAGGGGGGACUUCUCCCCACCAGUAGAGUGGACGACGUCUUCUGCCCACAGGCCUCCCUCCCCUUACCUGCUUCCUGUGCUCCAUGGCAUCGCUGAGCUAGUCUAAACAUGAGCCAGAGUUCACCUGGGA